AUACUUAGCAACACAACCACAAUGCUCAGUGUAGAGAGGAGAGAAGGUACAUCAGUCAUGUACUGCCAGGAUUUCAUUUAUUUGGACUCAUAUUUUUGAUUAUGAACGGAUCUUGUUUUCACUCACCAUGUCGCUUGUUGGAAAUAUGGAUUUUGUCUUCAUGGUCUGUCUUCUUUUGGAUUGGAAUUGAUGCAUUUUAGAGGAUCGAGGAUGACAAAGACAAUAGGAUACAGAGACUGGAGAUGGCAGGCUCUUUUGUGGCAUCAGGUCUUUCUCUUGUGGACUACAGUGGAUGCACAGACUCGUUACAGCAUCCCAGAGGAGCUCAAACAAGGUUCUGUGGUGGGAAAUCUGGCCAAAGAUCUGUCUUUGGGACUGUCUGAGAUAUUUGAGCGCAAGCUGCGUGUCGCCUCUGAGGCUGGUAAGCAGUAUUUCAGCGUGGAUGCGGGGAAGGGCGAGCUGCUGGUCAAUGACAGAAUAGACAGAGAGGCUUUAUGCGGACAAAGUGCCAGCUGUGUGCUCCCUCUGCAGGUCGUCAUCGAGGACCCCUUGCAGUUGCAUCGAAUUGAAGUUGAAAUACGAGACAUUAAUGAUAAUUCUCCAAGUUUCAUUUCUAAAGACUUAUCUUUAAAAUUAGCGGAAUCUGCAGCUGUAGGCACACGUUUUCCUUUAAAGAGUGCAGCUGACCCUGAUGUUGGGAGCAAUUCUAUCAAAUCUUAUACUCUCAGUAAAAAUGACUGCUGUUCACUUCGAAUAAAAGAAAUAGAGGGCGGAAAAUCUGUCCCUGAGCUUGUUUUAGACAAGCCUCUUGACAGAGAGAAGAAAGCAGUUCACAAAAUAUUAUUAACUGCGUUAGACGGGGGCAGUCCAGCUAGAACUGGGACAUCACAAAUUACCAUAAAUGUUCUUGACAAUAAUGAUAAUUUUCCUGUGUUUGAGAAAAACCUUUACAAAGUAACAGUGGGUGAAAAAAGCCCAAAAGGGACUGUUAUUAUGAGACCUAAAGCAACAGAUGCAGAUGAAGGUUCGAAUGGUGAAAUAGAAUAUUCAUUCGGCUCCAGGACAUCAGACUCUGUCUUGUCAGUAUUUAAUAUGGAUGCCAUUAGUGGUGAGAUCCGUUUAAAAGGCGAGUUAGACUAUGAGACAGUCAAGUCCUAUGACAUUGAUAUCACUGCUAAAGAUAAAGGCAGCCCUGAGAUGGAGGGACACUGUCGUGUCCAAGUUGACGUGAUGGACUUUAACGAUAAUCCUCCAGAAAUUGUCCUCACUUCUCAGCCUAAACCUGUACGUGAGGACGCCCCGAGUGGGACCGUGGUGGCCCUGAUUAGUGCUCGUGAUCUUGACUCUGGUAAUAACGGUAAUGUGACGUUACGCAUGAAAAAGGGGUUUCCGUUUGACCUGAAAAGCUCUUUUUCUAACAAUUAUGCGCUGGUCACCAGUGGUGCUUUAGACAGAGAGAGCGUGUCUGAGUACAAGAUUGAGAUAACAGCCACUGAUUCAGGAUCUCCUCCUCUCUCCAGUAAGAAAACGAUAUCUGUCAGCAUCACUGAUGUCAAUGACAACCCUCCUGUAUUCUCUCAGAGCUCUUAUAAUGUUUAUCUCAAAGAGAACGGAGUAGCAGGUUCUAUACUGUACUCGGUGUCUGCAUGUGACCUGGAUGCUGGCCAAAACGCCAAAGUGUCUUACUCCAUGGUGGACUCUAAAGUGCACGAGGUGUCCGUGUCGUCUUACGUUUACAUGAACUCAGAGAACGGCAGCAUCUACAGCAUGCACUCCUUUGACUACGAGAAAGUCAAAGUCUUCCACAUCCAGGUUCAGGCCAAGGACCAGGGCUCUCCGUCUCUCAGCAGCAACGCCACCGUCCAUGUUUUCAUCCUGGACCAGAACGACAACGCCCCCGCCGUUAUUUACCCUUCCCCCCACGCCGCCUCCCACCUGCGGGUGCCCCGCACGGCCAAGGCGGGCCAGCUGGUCACCAAGGUGACGGCCGUGGACGCGGACUCGGGCCACAACGCCUGGAUCUCGUACAAAGUGUCUGAGGCCACAGACGCCUCUUUGUUCACGGUCAGUGUGUACACAGGGGAGGUGAGGACUAAACGCGCUGUGUCCGAGCACGACGACUCCUCUCAGAGGCUGCUUGUAGAGGUCCAGGACGACGGGGAACCGGUCCAGUCGGCCACCGUCACGCUGUCCAUCCUGCUGGAGGACGGUGUGAGCCAGCCCGUGUUGGAGCUGAGACACAAGGUGUCCGAGCCCAGUAAGACAAGCGGCACAAUCACGCUCUAUUUGAUCGUGUCUCUGGCCUCGGUGUCCGUGCUGUCUCUGGUGACUUUGCUGGUCUUAGCGGUGAAAUGCUUGAGGAGCAGCGGAAGCGACGCUAGUUGCUGCAUGAGACGGACACACUGUGAUGAGGACAAGAAGCCCAACAGAAACCUGCACAUUCAGCUCAACAGUGAUGGACCUAUCAAGUACGUGGAGGUUCUGGGAGGAGACGUCAUGUCUCAGAGUCACUCCUUCAGGUCCUGCAUGUCUCCAAUGUCAGAGUACAGUGACUUCACUUUGGUGAAGCCCAGCAGCACCACUGACUUUAAGGAGGUCAUCAGCGUCCUGGACGCCUCUUUACCUGACAGCACCUGGACCUUUGAGAGCCAGCAGGUGAGCAGAAAAUACAACAAGUGUUUGGAUCAAAUUUGACUACGGUUUCUAAACCCAGAAAAAAGAUAACCAAACUCUUUCUCCAAGCAUUAAGAGACAAAUUCUUAGCUUCCCUUUAGUUGGAGCUUUCAAAAUAUCAUUUAGUUACCUAUUAAUAUGCAUUUUUAUUAUAGUACAGUCCAUGUUCAUUCAUAAAUGUAACACACUGUCUAAAUACAGUCAACACACUUCAUGUUGUGUAAUGUUGUGGUUGAUUUCAGGUCCAUUCUCAGGUAGCACUUUCAGCACCAAGUUGGUGGACAGUGACUUUGACCAAUUUUCCAGUAGUCACCAUUAUACAAUGUUAAUAGAUGUCAAUGUAGAGUAUUAUCUAUUAUAUUUACAAACAUAAUUGACUUGAAUUUGCAAAAAAAAUAUUUAUAAUAAAUAAUAAAAUAUGUAGACUAUUCUAUAAGAUUACAAAGUAGCUAUUAUCAAUUCUAUAUGUUGUACUAUAAACUUACCGGCAAAUAUGUUAAGUACACCUAGAAAGAGUUGUGUAUAUAAAGCGUCAUUUUUCAUUGUUAAUCAUGUGUACUUAUAAUAAUUAU